AUGUGGAAAGUGGUUUUGAUCACCAGGGCGAGCAGUGGCAUUGGCCUAGCCCUCUGAAGGCGGUUGCUGGAGGAAGACGAUGAGCUUCACCUGUGCUUGGCGUGCAGAAACAUGAGCAAAGCAGAAGCUGUCCGCACCGCUCUGCUGGCCUCCCACCCUGCCGCUGAGGUCACAACUGUGCAGGUGGAUGUCAGCAGCCUGCCGUCGGUGUUCCAGGCCUCCAAGGAGCUCAAGCAAAGUUUUCAGAGAUUAGACUGUGUAUAUCUAAAUGCUGGGAUCAUGCCUAAUCUACAGCUAAAUCUCAAGGCACUUUUCUGUGGCCUCUUUUCAAGAAAAGUGAUUCAUAUAUUCUCCACAGCUGAAGGACUGCUGACCCAGCAUGACAAGAUUACUGCUGAUGGACUCCAGGAGGUGUUUGAAACCAAUGUCUUUGGCCACUUUAUCCUGAUUCAGGAACUGGAAUCUCUCCUGUUGCACGAUGACAGUCCAUCUCAGCUCAUCUGGACAUCAUCUCGCAAUGCAAUGAAAUCUAAUUUCAGCCUUGAGGACAUCCAGCAUAGCAAAGGCCAGGAGCCCUACAGCUCUUCCAAAUAUGCCAUUGACCUUCUGAGUGUGGCUUUGAAUAGGAACUUCAACCAGCAGGGUCUGUACUCCAGUGUUGCAUGGCCAGGCACAAUGCUGACCAAUUUGACAUAUGGAAUUCUGCCUCCCUUUGUGUGGACGUUGAUCAUACCCAACAUACGGCUGUUCCGCUUUUUUGCAAAUGCUUUCACGUUGACACCAUACAAUGGAAUAGAAGUACUGGUCUGGCUUUUCCACCAAAAGCCUGAGUCUCUCAAUCCUCUGGUGAAAUAUCUGAACGCCACCACUGGCUUUGGAAACAAUUACGUAAUGUCCAAAAAGAUGGAUCUAGAUGAAGGCACCGCUGAAAAAUUUUACCAAAACUUACUGGAACUGGAAAAGCAUAUUAGGGUCACCUCUCAAAACACUGAUAACCAGAGCUGA